AUUAGGUCUUCUGAAAACCAAGCUCGUAAGCCACACGAGUUAAUAAUAUUGUGUCUCAUUUCUGAUACAACAUUGUUGUUUGUUAUUCCAAUGACAUGGAUGAGACUAUCCAACAAUGCUAAAAUACAAGUUGUAUCAUUUUGUACAAUAAUAUUCGUUAUUUUCGCAUGGAUUUCGGGACUCAUAAUUAACGGGUUGGAUCCAAAGCGAAUUCCCCUUAUUGGAGAAAAUCAAAGUCAAGGAGUGGGAAUCGUAAUGUUUAACUAUGCGUUUAUAACUACAGUUCCAAGUCUCGCUAAUGAAUUGGAAAAAGAUGGAUCAAUUCGAAAAAUUGUUUACACCUCUGUAUUGGUUACUACAUUUGGUUAUAUUUUCUUGGGAAUUCUUGGAGCGAUGUCAUUUGAUUUAGACUUAUCAACAAAUAUAAUAACCACUAUCCGACAAUCAAAAAUGCGUGAAAGUCUUUUUGGAUUUUCUACUUACUUAUUUCCAAUGAUAUUACUUGUUAGCGUACCAAUAAAUGUUAUUGUUAUACGUUACAAUCUGGUUCGAACUGGAUUUUGUGGAGGCA